CAGAGAACAGAACGGGAGGAAGUACUUUUCAGACUACAUAAGAGUGCAAGGACUUCAAAACUGGCAGUCACUUCUGGGAAUUGCACUGUGUUUAUAGAGCUGUAAAGGAUAUCUCUUCUUCUCCAUGGAAUGCAUUUUCUAGGGGGACAACAUUUAUCAAUACACUGGAAAUAACAGAGACUGCUUAGCCAAAGUGUGUUCUUUUUUUACUAUUGCUAAGAAAGGGCAUCUUCAGUGCACAGUGACCAGAGAAUCCUGCCAGAAUUACAGAUUUUUUUUGCCUUUUCUUCUGUAGAUGUAUGGGCUGAGCAUUCGCUGGUUGAAAAAUAAAGCGGUUCCAUCUGUGCCAUAUUUCUACUUUGUUUUCCCAGGUAAUUAAAAACAGCACAUUGCUUUGUAAUUAAGAGUUUGAGCAAGACAAGCAGAGGGAUAUUACAAGUUGCUUUUGGGAAUCAACCGUAACAAUGCAUCCAAACAGUUAUUUUCUUCUUUAAGGUUUUAAAAAUUCUACUGGAACUGUCAAGUAUUCUCACAGUUUGGAAAUUUUACUUUACUAAACUGUUCUUAAGUAUUUGCUUCUUCAUUUUUUUAAUAAUCAAAAGUUACCUGGUUUACUGGUGAAAAUACAAGACAACACAAGGGAAGACUAAGCUAUUAUGUUUUUUAGCAGAGAAAUGUCACAUGUUCUUCAAAUGACUUUGGCCGCUAUGUCCAUCCUGGCGAUUUUAUGGGAUCUUACAAGUGGAAGUUUUGUGAAAAAUCAUCUUCAUUCAAGUUUCAUUCAGAGGAAAUUAAGCGGCAGAGAGAAGCGUGAGAUGCAAAGGGAGAUUCUAUCUAUUAUGGGAUUGCCAGGGAGACCAAGACCUGCGAGUGGUGGUCAUGUUCCUUCCUCUGCCCCACUCUUCAUGCUGGAUCUUUAUCAUGCUAUGUGUAGUGAGGAAGAUGAGGAUGGAAUGCCAGGUGUUUCCAGGGCACAUUUUACAACAUUAAGCACUCAAAGUCCACCGCUUGGAACAGUGAUUAGCGAAGCUGACACAGUUAUGAGCUUUGUUAAUAUGGUUGAACACGACAGAGAUAUCUUCCAACAGAAGCCCUACUGGAAAGAGUUCAAGUUUGACAUGACCCAAAUCCCCACAGGGGAGUCUGUGACGGUAGCAGAGUUCCGCCUAUUCAAGAUGCGCAGCUUUUUACGUAAUCUAAAUCGCACACUUCACAUCAGUCUUUUUGAGAUAAAGAAGGAAAGGGGCCAUAGGGAGCCGGAAUUAACCCUACUGGACCAUGAAAGCACCCUGGCUGGGGAUGAAGGGUGGUUGGUGUUUGAUGUCACAGCUGCCAGUAAUCACUGGUUACUCAACUCCAAAAAUAACUUAGGAAUCCGUCUCUAUGUGGAGACUGAUCAAGGACAAAGUAUUGACCCAGGUAUAGCAGGCAUCUUAGGAAGACGAGCACCACGUUCGAAACAGCCAUUUAUGGUCACAUUUUUCCGGGUUAGUCGCAAUCAAAUCAGAUCAGCACGGGCAGUCAAACAGCUCAGGAAAAGGCAACAGAAGAAACAUGACUUACCGCAUCCCAAUAAACUUCCUGGCAUUCUUGAUCAUCUACAUGUUACUGACAGCAGGCAAGUGUGUAAAAGACAUGAAUUGUAUGUCAGCUUUCGGGACCUGGGAUGGCUGGACUGGGUGAUAGCUCCGCAAGGCUACUCAGCCUUUUACUGUGAAGGUGAAUGUUCAUUUCCCUUGGACUCCUGCAUGAAUGCCACCAAUCACGCCAUACUGCAGUCACUGGUUCAUCUGAUGAAGCCAGAGAGUGUCCCUAAAGCCUGCUGUGCUCCUACCAAACUCUCUGCCACUUCAGUCCUGUAUUAUGACAGUAACAACAAUGUCAUACUAAAAAAACAUCGAAAUAUGGUUGUCAAGUCCUGCGGUUGUCACUGAACAAGGAAGAACACAGGACAAGUAUAAGGACUUGCACUUACCCAGGGAUCUAAAAACUGAUUUAUUUAUCAAAUAUUAAAUUAAAAGUAUUAUUAUAGACUGAACAUCUCAGACAAAGAACAGCUAUAUAAAUGCUUAGCACUUCAACAGCGCUUUGCAACUUUUUCCACAAAGUGGGAUGAUUAUCCAGUAUGUUUGGAGGUUUGGUUAUAAUAAAAUUAUCUCCUACAAAAAAAAGUGCGUGGGAAU